GUGGACAUUUUUCGAGCAUUUUGAUUCUGAAAAAGCCUAAUACAGAGCAUGUAUAAUUAGGUGAUGCAUGUAGAUUGGAAGAAGAAACAUGGACAAGGAAGGAGACGAUAGAUACCGCCCGGUGGUGGCGCAGGACAAUGACCGGGCCGUGCUUGAGAUGUCUUCGUUGCCUCGUACUACAUCCGCUUCUUCUACUGAUUCUAUGAAAAUAGAAGUGGGAGUGCAGCCAAAGCUGAAAAUAAGAUCUGUGAACAAAUCAUUGCCUAAUCAUGAAGUUGCUAAUGGCUCCCAGUCAGAAUCUAAACUGGAAUUGUUUGGAUUUGAUUCUCUUGUAAAUAUUUUGGGUCUGAAGAGCAUGACAGGUGAGCAAAGUCCAACACCAUCCAGUCCUAGAGAUAGCGAGGAUGGCUCAGUCACCUUGGAGCAACAUCCAAAAACUGCUGGCAUGAAACUAGGAACAAUGAUGGGAGUGUUUCUGCCAUGUUUUCAAAAUAUCAUGGGAACUAUCUACUUCAUUCGUUUCUCUUGGAUUGUUGGUAUGGCUGGCAUUGGGGAGGCACUUGUGAUAGUUGCCCUAUGUGGUUCAUGUACAUUCCUCACUUCAUUAUCUCUGAGUGCAAUUGCAACUAAUGGUGCAAUGAAGGGAGGGGGCCCAUACUAUCUCAUUGGCCGUGCCUUAGGCCCAGAGGUGGGAGUUAGCAUAGGACUCUGUUUUUUUCUCGGAAAUGCAGUUUCUGGAUCUCUCUACGUGCUAGGAGCAGUAGAGACUUUCUUAAAAUCCGUGCCAAAGGCCAGAUUAUUUAAAGAGACCAUCACGAAAUUAAAUGACACUUCAGCAGCAGAUCCUGUAUCUAGUCCAAGUUUGCAUGAUCUGCAAAUUUAUGGGAUUAUUGUUACCAUCAGCUUAUCCUUUGUUGUCUUUGGUGGUGUGAGAAGGAUAAACAAGGUCGCACCAACAUUUCUUGUACCUGUCCUAUUCUCAUUGUGCUCAAUAUAUUUUGGAAUACUUUUGGCAAGUAAAGAUAGUCCGGCAAAGGGGAUCACCGGCUUGAGAUUUAGAACAUUUGAAAAAAAUUGGAGCUCAGCUUACCAACCUACGAAUGAGGCUGGAAUACCAGAUCCUAAAGGCGAAAGAGACUGGAGUUUCAAUGAAUUGGUAGGUCUCUUUUUCCCAGCUGUAACGGGGAUUAUGGCAGGUUCCAAUCGCUCCGCCUCUUUAAAAGAUACUCAACGAUCUAUACCUAUAGGAACACUUGCUGCAACUCUUACAACAAGCUCUGUAUAUUUGAUAUCUGUAGUCUUAUUUGGGUCUCUCGCGACUAGAGAAAAGCUCUUUUCGGACAGGUUGCUCACAGCGACGGUUGCUUGGCCAUUACCUUCUCUUAUAUAUGUUGGAAUUAUCCUUUCAACUCUGGGGGCAGCACUUCAGAGCCUGACUGGUGCUCCGCGUCUGCUUGCGGCAAUUGCCAAUGAUGACAUACUACCUGUUCUUAAGUACUUUAAGGUUGCAGAUGGCAGUGAGCCGCACACUGCUACCAUCUUUACUGCCUUCAUCUGUAUGGGGUGCGUUGUAAUUGGAAAUUUGGAUCUCAUAUCACCAACUACAACAAUGUUUUACCUUCUGUGUUACGCGGGGGUGAAUUUAUCCGGCUUUCUUCUGGAUCUACUAGAUGCUCCCAGCUGGCGUCCUAGGUGGAAAUAUCACCAUUGGAGCCUCUCUCUUCUGGGAGCAUCUCUAUGUAUAUUGAUCAUGUUCUUGAUCUCGUGGUCAUUCACUGUGGUGUCUCUUGCCCUAGCAAGUCUCAUAUAUUAUUACGUGAGCCUCAAAGGCAAAGCUGGUGACUGGGGUGAUGGUUUCAAAAGUGCAUACUUUCAACUGGCACUUCGAAGUCUUCGGUCUUUAGGAGCUAACCAAGUUCACCCGAAGAACUGGUAUCCGAUCCCCUUAAUUUUCUGCCGACCAUGGGGAAAGCUACCAGAAAAUGUACCUUGCCAUCCAAAGCUUGCUGAUUUUGCCAACUGCAUGAAAAAAAAAGGCAGGGGAAUGUCCAUUUUUGCCUCCAUAUAUGAUGGUAAUUAUCAUGAAUGUGCUGAAGAUGCCAAGAUUGCCUGCAAGCAUCUUAGUACCUAUAUUGAAUACAAGCGCUGUGAAGGCGUAGCAGAGAUAAUUGUAGCUCCCAGUAUGUCUGAUGGCUUCAGAGCCAUUGUUCAGACAAUGGGUCUUGGUAAUCUCAAGCCCAAUAUUGUAGUGAUUAGGUAUCCCGAGAUAUGGCGACGUGAAAAUUUGACUGAAAUUCCAGCUACUUUUGUCGGAAUAAUUAAUGACUGCAUUGUUGCUAAUAAGGCAGUUGUUAUUGUCAAAGGUCUUGAUGAAUGGCCUAAUGAGUAUCAAAGGCAGUAUGGUUCAAUUGAUUUAUACUGGAUCGUGAGAGAUGGUGGUUUAAUGCUUCUCCUUUCACAGCUUCUUCUUACCAAAGAUAGCUUUGAGAGCUGUAAGAUUCAGGUAUUCUGUAUAGCAGAGGAGGAUGCUGAUGCAGGGGUUCUCAAAGCUGAUGUGAAGAAAUUUCUUUAUGAUCUUCGGAUGCAGGCUGAUGUGAUUGUAAUAUCAAUGAAGUCAUGGGAUUCCCGAGAAGACGGUGAAACAAAGCAGGAUGAAUCUGUUGAAGCAUUUACUGCUGCUCAGCGAAGGAUAGCUAGUUGCUUAAAAGAGAUGAAAGCCAAAGCCGAGAUGGAUGGCAUGCCGCUUAUGGCUGAUGGUAAGCCUGUGAUUGUCUACGAAAACCAGGUAGAGAAAUUUCUUUACACCACUCUCAAGUUGAACUCAACAAUUCUGCAUUAUUCAAGAAUGGCUGCAGUUGUGCUCGUGAGUCUACCACCUCCGCCCCUCAACCACCCUGCUUACUUUUACAUGGAAUAUAUGGAUUUAUUGGUUGAAAAUGUUCCGAGGCUCCUGAUAGUCAGAGGUUAUCGUAAAGAUGUUGUUACUUUGUUCACAUAGUUGCCUUCUCCUUUAGUUUAGCGUACAUAGUUUAUUUUCUUCGAGCUCUAUAAAUUCAUUCCUGUACCAUAAUUUUAGACACAGAAAUUGCUGCAUAGGCGUAGCAAGUCUAUAUAGCUUUCUUGUCUACUAUUUUUCUUUUCUUUUCUGAUUUGUAAACCCUUUUCUUUUCUUUUCUGAAUUGUAAACCCCAACGGAUGAACAAUCUUUGAU